AUGCCUCUCAAAUACAACCCAGAAUUGGAUAUCCCGGACCUUGCAGGGCGGUCUAUUUUCAUCACCGGAGGCACUGGAGGAUUGAGUGCAUACUCUGCGCGAGAACUCGCCAAACAUAAUCCAGCUCACAUAUACAUCAGCGGCCGAAAUACAAAGAGCGCGGAAAGCAUCAUAAAACAAUUCCAAAAUACCAAGGCCAGCAAAGUCACAAAAAUGACAUUUAUAGAGUGUGAUUUGUCCUCCCUUUCCUCGGUCCAAAGAGCAGCCGAACAGUUCCUAGCACAGAAACCAAGUCCACGGCUGGAUACUCUGAUGUGCAACGCAGGAAUCAUGACGAGGCCCCCAGCUACAUCGAAAGAUGGCUACGAGAUUCAAUUUGCGACGAACCAUCUUGGUCAUGCGCUUUUGAUUCGCAAACUUCUCCCACUCUUGGAAAGGACCGCAAGUGAGGGCGGCGAUGGGCGCAUCAUCAUUCUCUCUUCAACAGCCUGGGGCCUCCAUCCCAGUGGUGGUAUACAAUUUGAUCGCCUUCGCACGGGGCAAAGCUUUUCAUUUGGCGGACCUUGGCAGCGGUACGGACAAGCCAAGUUGGCUAACCUGCUGUAUGCGCGUGAGUUGGCCAAGCGGUAUCCGCACUUGAGCUGCGUAUCUGUGCAUCCUGGAGUCGUGGAGACCGGAUUGUUCGACGGGAUGAGUUUGAAGAACAGGAUUAUCAUGUAUUUGGCAUUCUGGUGGGUUAUGGUACAGCCACAUGAGGGCGCUUAUAGUCAGCUUUGGGCAGCGACAAGGCCCAAAGAGGAACUUGUGAAUGGAUGCUUUUAUCUCCCUGUUGGAAAAUUGGGAGAUGGAGGGCUAGGGAGGGAGGCAAAGAGUGGCAAGGGGACUCUUGCAGAAAAGUUGUGGGACUGGACUGAGGAUGUCCUAAACGAUUUUGAAGGGCGUUGA